AGAUCAACAACCAACUGGUUACAGCUCCAUGUCUGGUUUUUCCCCAACUCAUGCACUAUACUGUCGGGUGUUACUAUACGACACCUUCCCUCGUUCGAUUCAACGAUACCCUAGCUUAAAGACUUUCGACGAAAUCGGCAUUUAAUUUGGUCGACCCCUUUGGUUAUUCUGCUGAUGGUUUGGACUGAUAGCAUCCUUCGUAUCCUUUUCAACCUCGAACAUCACUGGGGAAAUGUAGUCGACAACGUUAGCCAAUGAUGAGAGGAUUAUGUGGACACUACUACGGGAAGAGCUUCUCCGUAUAGGGUUUCGGUAGUAGAGUCACUAACCAAUUGACUCUUGUAGAUUGAGAAGAGCAGACUGGAAUUGUGUCUCGGGAUACAUCUUCUGUUCCAAGGACUCCUUGUAACUAGUCAUUUUUGGACCUCGUUUUCUCACGAUGAUGUGUGGAAAAUUAUAGUAAACGCUUUAAGAUGUACGUGCGUUAUUGCGUUCGAGGCCUGCCAUGGGAUGUUUCAACGCCUUGAGAGGCUGUAAGAUAGUGGGUCUGGUUGUCACUCCUUCAUUUCAUUGCUCUUUGGUAUCACUGGUACCACAUCCAAGUUCGGUUUACUCUGAUCUGCAAAGAUGAACUGAGUAUAAAUCGGCAGGCACAAUUUGGGGUGUUUUUUCAAAGUCGGCUUGAAGCAUAACAAGCAUCAUGCAAGUCAGCGUACCAUAUUUCCUAGCGGAGAUUGUCAUCGCAAUCACAGCAGUGGUUGGUAACAGUUUAGUCCUGGUGGCCUACGCCCGGUCAUCGCGUCUCCAGACGGUCACUAAUUACUUUAUCGUCUCGCUGGCGAUCGCGGACUUUUUAGUUGGACUCGUGGGUGUGCCCUUUGCUCUCCUCACGGGGGAGGGGCAACCUCAUAACUUCUACGGCUGUCUGAUCAUGCUGACUUUCUUAUUGUGGCUGUGUGCCACCUCAACCUUCAGCCUGAUCGGGGUCACGGUGGACCGGUACAUCGCCGUGGCCUUCCCAUUGAAGUACCCGGCAAUCAUGACGACACGACGGGCUCUCGCGACCAUCGUUGGGUCGUGGAUCCUGGCCGGGAUUGUUGGUUUUCUUCCGGUAGUUGGAUGGAACAGAGGAGAGCCGGAGGUCCCGCGGUGUAUCUUCAUGCAGGUCAUCGACAUGAAGUACAUGGCUUUUAACUGUCUAGUGGUCAUUUUUGUUCCAUUCACUGUGAUGCUGGUGCUGUAUGGAUUUAUUUACAGAGCUAUACGAAAACAGCUACGCCGUGUUGGUAUUUCGGGUGGUAUGUUAUCCAACCCACCAAGCACUAUUAGUGGAGUCACGACAGUGGGUAACGCCAAUGUGCGUCGGAAACGUCGCUUCUCGGCCUACAAACGUGACGUCAAAGCCGUAAAAUCCGUAGGCGUCAUCAUACUGGUGUUCGCGUUCUGUUGGUUACCACUCUCAAUCAUUAACUCCAGGACUGCACUGUGUCCCGAUUGCACUCCGCCCUCUGCGACUGUAUUUAAUGUGGUAAUCGUAUUGUCGCAUGUGAAUUCGGCUGUGAAUCCCUUUAUUUAUGCAUAUGGGAAGGACUUCAGGGUGGCGUAUAAGAGGACAAUAUGUAAACUGUUCCCAUGCUGCUCUUACUGCAUGGAUGGUGGGAUGCCGGGUACCACUGUGGCUGCUAUGGGAAUGUCCAUGCACUAUGGCGACGGUGCGGUGGAGAGUGUUACUGAACCAGAACGGGUCCAAGCCCUAAAACCCUAAACCCUAAAGUUUCUAUCACCAACAUGUAUUUAUUGCUAAUUCUACUAUUGACAAAGAAUAACUUAUGAUCACUAAUUAGUUGUAACGAGUAUUACCACACACUCUAUAAUAGUGUUGACCUAUUGACCUAUCACAACAGUGACCUUACCAGCCUCACCAUCUGGGAGUUAAAAUUAACUCCUCGGGAUACCAAAAUUAUCCAAAUUUACACCUUAAGGUGUUAAAACAACACACAUUCUAAAUUUAUGUUAUUUUAACACACGUGUGUAUUGUGGUAUAUCUAUGUGGCAACACCCAUGAUGUCAAAACGCCUCAGGUUACGCAGUGUGCGUGUAUCCCUUCUGUUGCCUAAAAUGCACAUCGCACUGUAUCUACCUCACUGGUUUAACACACACUGACAUUAACUCCUAAAAUGGCGCAACCAAGAUUAAUGUGAUGGUGACGUCAUGUGUGCACAACACGUCAUCGACCGCCAUAUUUGAUGAUAAACAUUGGAAAACUGCAUGCGUGUACGCGCUGCCCACAACCCUCAGCCAAUGAUAGCCUUUCCUGCGUACACGUUUCAUCAAAGAUUGUGGUCAAUGACGUCAUACACAAUCCAUCUAACAGUAAACACCUGUUUCAAAGUUUCUGCAGAGUUUAGCAAAUCUUUGUAAACGGCUGAACACUUUUGCCGAUACCGUUUUGGAUAUUUUAAACCAAUUUGCAGCUGUCGUGUUAAAAAAAAGUGGGGGAAAAGGAAAGAAAAAUUGCAGUGUUAUUGUACCACUUGUUUUAUGUUUUAUAAAUCAGUUUUUCAGUUAGAAAUGUGCCACCAGUGACGCGUCACUAUGUAACAAGUCGUAAUGAGUCAAGUUUUAAAAUCAACACCUAAAGCCGGUUGCCUAUUCCAUCAAGUAUAACAAAGCGUAAAGUGUUGUUUAUAUCUGGUGAAACCCACUGUUUGUUUCAGUCCUAUAAUGGCCGUAGAUAUUACUAUUAUUAUAUUAACAUACCUGUGAAAAUUUCAUUUCUAAGGGUGCUAUAGCGUUUUUGAGAUAUUGCAAACAACACAGAGAUGUUUUAUCCAUGGCGGAAGAAUAUUCUGUAGUUGGAAUUCACAACAACUGUGUGAAUGCUUCUUAGAUGCAAAUUAUUUGGGAUAAAAGUAUAAGUAUUUUUCCUAAUCGAGGCGGUUCAAAGUGAAAAUUUGUUUUACGAAAUGCAUUUCCAAAGCUGAUAUGACAUUAAUUUAUAGAGUCUUAACAAAAUGUAUACGGACCCGAUAAGCCAAGAGAAAUUGAUAUUACUUGGAAUGUGCAAAUUUUUAUAAGUACUAAUUUAAAGGUAUCAAAGUGUAUAACUAGUUUAUCAUCAUUCAUUACUGGGCAAAGUGGGAAUUGCACAAAAUAAAACUUGGUCAUUGAUAUCUACCACUUCUAGCAGAUGAAGAACAUGAAAUUGAGAUGGGCGGGGAACUAAGCAAGAAUGCGUGGCAGCAGAAUAAUGACCAAGGACAUACAGGAGAAAAAGAGUAAACAAGGACAAAGACGGAGAGAUGAAGUCGUCGCUUAACACGGCAACAUCCCAUGCAGUGGAUUUUGAAUGAGAGAAGGUGUGCAUGAGUCGACAGCAAUAGUUGACUGCAUGAGUCGACUGCAUGAGUCGACAGCAGUUGACUGCAUGAGUCGACAGCAGUUGACUGCAUGAGUCGACUGCAUGAGUCGACAGCAGCAGUUGACUACAAGAGUCGACUGCAUGAGUCGACAGCAGCAGUUGACUGCAUGAGUCGACUGCAUGAGUCGACAGCAGCAUUGGCUGCAACAGUUGUAUAACUUUUGAUAGCUCGUGGGUAGGGUCGGGUAGAGUGUGCGUUAUGAAUGUGUUUCUUAGCGAAGUAAAAUUAUCCAAAGGAAAGUGAUGUAUGUAUGAUUUAAUGGCGUGGCGUGUCGUGGCCAAGCGGGCAAGCACUCCGGACUUAAUAUCUGGUGUUAACUGAUCAGCAGAGUGUGGGCUUUAUACCUCUGGUCUUGACACUUGAAUCCAUAAGCAAGACAACUUAUUCGCGUUUUUCGUCCUUCGGAUGGGACAUAAAGCAGCUGUCGGUCUCUUUUGUUGUGUAAUGUACCCUUACGUAAGAGAACCCAGUUACACUUAUCGCUAAAGAUAACAUGGGGUAUGGCAGUGGCUGCUAAGUACGUGCAACACACUUAAAUCAUGUUUGUUUCGUCCUUCGGAUUGGACAUCAAACGGUCGGUCCCCAUGUGUUGUGUAAUGUACGUAAAGUAAUUCCCUUGUGGUUUAUAUUGAUAACGUAAUUCAGUUACACUUAUUGCUAAUAGACGGGUCUGCUAAGAGAUGGGGUUUGCUCCGGUUUUUCUGGCAGCGGCUGCUAAGUGUGUGUGCGGAACACAUUUUUGUAAAGGUGCUACGGUGAGUCUUGUAAAUCUGGCUAGAAAUAAUUCGUUUUGCUCCAGGGCCUUGAGUAAGGCACUUUCUAUAAGAUCCUUGUAUUAUUAUAAAUGUAUCGACAGAAUACAAACGAACCCACGAAUGGAUGCACGCUGGAUGGUCAUUUACACCAACGCGCAGUACCAAUUCUGUACACGGGACCUACGGCUGAAAUCUCGUCAAAAAGACAUAGCAUGUAUAUGGACUUAAACCCACACACUGCUGAUCGGAAACACAAGAGCUUGAGUCCGAUGCUCUUAACCACUCGGC